GCAAAUGAAUAUAUUCAGGACCUUGGAAGAAUCAAGUAGUAGGAUUCCUUUAAGCUUCUUGGAUUGGUAUUUUGUUGGGUUAUUCAAGCUGGUCGAAAUUAAUAUCCAAUGUUUAAACGGGCAAUGUCGCCAAACUUGGGCAGAUAUAUAACCCGCUACACUACCUCACAAUAGGUCAUAUUACAAUAUGUGGUUAGAAUGGCGUGACUGGAAGCAUGGCUAUAGUAGCACUAAUCCGUUUAACCACUGGAUGCCUUUCAACAACACAGUCUAACCUGUCAAUCACCAGGUCCUUAAAUUUUUUUUUUUUCGAGCGGCACAUUAAUGAAUUAAUUAAACCACCCCAUCAUGGCCAGCUCUGUACUUACAACAGCGUCGUUUGCGGCGGAGAAGACCUUCAAAUCGUACAAACCCGAGGAUGGAGCGGCAUACGCACGGGGCCGUGCUGACUACCACGAGAAUUUUUACCGCAUUGUUGUUGACAGGCAUACCGCAACGGGUGGCAAGCUUGACACUAUCCUCGACGUUGGCUGUGGCCCUGGGAUUGCUGCACGGGGUCUUGCUCCUCACUUUGCCCACGCCAUUGGCAUCGAUGCCUCGGACGGCAUGAUUAGCACGGCUCGUUCUCUUGGAGGUAUCUCAUCUUCAUCGGAACCAAUCCGGUUCGAGAUUUCGGCGGCGGAGGAUCUUGGAUCCAACUUAUUCCCACCUAUCGCGGACUCUAGUGUCGAUUUGAUCACAGCUGCCACGGCCGCACACUGGUUUGACCUGUCUAAGUUCUGGCCCCGGGCGGCGCGGGUACUCAAACCUGGCGGGACCGUGGCCAUUUGGACCACCAGGGCUUUGACCAUACAUUCGUCUGUGCCAAACUACGCUGCUAUCCAGGCGGCUAUAGAUGAGAUCAAGGAGCAGUACCUAGAGCCCUAUAAGGAACGAGGGAACCAUCUUGCUGGGAAUUUUUAUGUCGAUCUUCCUCUCCCAUGGACUUUGGAUGAGCCCGUUUUGGACUUCGAUGAAAGCAAGUCUUCUCGUGAAGAAUGGACGAAGGAAAGAUCGGAUGACCAGGCCGCCGAAUCCGGCCUUGGUCCGCGGACUGUCACAUUGGAUUAUUUUGAAAACCGGCUCAAAACCUCGAGUCCGGUAACUCGUUGGCGUGAGGCACAUCCAGAUGCUGUCGGCACCGAACGCGACGUGCCAAGAAUCAUCAGGCGGAGAGUGGAACAACUUCUACAUGAGAAAAAGGGUAAAGAGGAAAUUGUAAUAUGCGUAGAAGCGGUGUUACUUAUAAUCAAGAAGAGGGUGUAGGCCUUCGAAGCAUAUGAAAUUAGCAUGGAACGUUAGGACAGCCUUACUUAAACAUUACACCUGUAAGAUUUUGGCUGAACUUGAGUAGCCAUCCUCCUGGGUGUUUUCAACGAUACUCACCGUGACCACUAAUUAGAGCAAGCACCGAUAAAGAAUUGUGAAGGUAACCAUGUAUUCCCCGGUUACAAUAAUAAAAUAACCACCUAGAGUGAAAUUAAGAGCCUAACACCUCAUAAUUGCCAUCCUCUCCGAAUUGUCACUCUCAAUAUCAUUUUUUUUUUCGUCGUCAUUCAUGAUCAUUAUCGUGUGGUUUCCGUCCAUACAAGGUUUUGCCGCCUUCCCGGAGGUUUCUUUGUUUAUCGUUAUAUAAAUUAUGGGUUGGUUGUAGCAUCUGAUAAGUUGACGUUAGUUGUAAUAGGUACCUGGGCAUGUAAUAAACAUGCCAUU